AUGGCUUCAGCUUCGCUUCAGUUGUGGUCUUCCUCAACUCCUAUGGCCCACCGUUACCCCCAUCAGUUGGCUUCCCUAACCUCGCUCAAAUUCGCCACUCCUAUUUCUUCCACCAAUACCAUUUAUCUUCCCAAACCUCUCACUGUGCGUUUUGCUCUAACUGAGUCCGACUCGCCCAAAUCCAUACAACCUGACCCUGAAACUCUUCUCCAAGAAAUUUCUGGCAGUUUUGAUCUUCCUCCUGAUUACUUUGCACAGUUUCCUCAGGAUCUUCGAUUAGACCUAAACGACGCCGCGUUCGACCUUUCAAACGGACCUGUUUUAGAUGAGUGUGGCCAAGAGUUGGGAGAGACUUUGCUAAACCUCUCUCGAGCAUGGGAACUUGCUGACACAUCAACCUCCCACUCUUUAGUGAAAAAGCUUCCUUUGAUUGAGGCCAAGUUGACAGGUUCUGCCAAAUCAGCACUUGGAAAGCGUUUAAUAUCUGCUGGACGAAGGUUUCAAUCAAUGGGACAGUAUGGCCAAGGUGAGCCACAAAAGAUUGCAAAAGCAAUGAUUGCAGCUGGUAGAGCUCUAUCUGCUAGUUCAGUGUCAGCAGUGACAGUUGAAGAACCGAAAGAGGAAACUAGGGUGCUGAAAUUCGGAGAGUUGCAAGUUGAAAUAACACCAGAUAAGGCCAAUAUCGGCGCUGUAAUUGGAUUUGUUUUUGGGAUUCUUUCGUGGGAAGUUGCUCAGGGAAUUCAAAACAUUCCUGACAGUUCUUUGGAAUAUGCAAACGACAAUGCUUUGCUGCUUGCUAAGUCUUUAAAGGGAGCGUUGCUUGCUCUUUUCUAUUUCUCAUCGUUCUUGUCAGCAAUCACGUCAGGGGGACUUGUUUUACUUGGGUUACAGCUCAAAUCAAAGAAAGAUUGA